AAUAGCACACUAACGACCCAUUUUCUCAAGUUCCUCUCAGCAUCAGACUGGGAAAACUGACGGGGAAGACUCGGAGGCUAUUAAAAACAACUGCGGCUGCAGUGUGACGGGACAGAGCAACAGCUUGAGAGAGGGACUUUGAAAAGGGGAAAAAGGUUUCCUUCCUCUUUUCCUUGGGCACUCGGCGAGAGAGAGAGAGAGAGAGAGAGAGAUGGAAUUGGGGGAGCUGUGGGCGAUCUUCGGUCCAGGCAUCGCCGGAGCGGUCUUCGGGACGGGAUGGUGGAUUUGGGUCGACGCCGUCGUUUGCAGCUCUGUCAAGAUUUCGUUCCUCCACUAUCUUCCUGGAAUAUUUGCAUCUUUGGCGGCUUUGAUGUUCAACGGGGUCCGGAGGGAGGACAUUGAUUAUUCCCCCUACGAUGACGGAGAAUGGAGAGUGAAACUUUGGCUUUUUCUUGCAUACGUGGUCUCGUUCGUCUCAUUAGCUGCUUCAGUUGGUCUGCUUGUACAAGAUGCACUCACAACAUCUGGUCCUUCAGCAUGGACAGGCGCAGCUGGUGUAUUGCAGUGUGUCUUCGUGUUAAUCAGCGGCCUGAUCUACUGGACUUCUCACUCUGAGUAAUUUAUGAGAUCUGGUUUCACGGUGAACUUGUUGUUGGCUGGAUCUGGAUGCUCAGCGGUCUUUGUGGGUGUUGUGCUUACAGGUUUACUGACAGCUUUCCUGCUUUAAUUGUUUAUGCUGUAGCACUUCGUGUACAUAAAUUUGUCUCCCUUUUUCUCUGUCGGCCAAAAUGCAUAUGAAUAUGAUCAAGCUUUUAUUUGGAGAAAUCUUUUCUACUGAA